ACCUAUUUGAUUAGCUGUAUGUUAUGACGUAGCUGAAGCUCCUAAACCGCUGUGUUGAUUGGGCGAAACAAUGACGUCACAAAACCCCACCUUCUAUCCAGCAGAGGACAGGGUGAAGAUGGCGGCGUCCCUAAGGUGCUUUCUCCGCUCAGGAAAGAAUGCCGUGUCAGCUCUGCGUAGGCAGGCAUUCCACGGCAGCGCUCCGGCCGCGGUGCAGGUGACAGUUCGUGAUGCCCUCAACCAGGCGAUGGAUGAGGAGCUGGAGAGAGACGAGCGGGUCUUUCUUUUGGGUGAAGAGGUGGCUCAGUAUGACGGUGCCUAUAAGGUGAGCAGAGGUCUGUGGAAGAAGUAUGGUGACAAACGCAUCAUUGACACUCCAAUCUCAGAGAUGGGUUUUGCUGGUAUUGCAGUGGGAUCUGCCAUGGCUGGCCUGAGACCCAUCUGUGAGUUCAUGACCUUUAAUUUUUCAAUGCAAGCCAUCGAUCAGGUGAUCAAUUCUGCAGCAAAGACAUACUACAUGUCUGCCGGACUACAGGCCGUGCCCAUCGUCUUCAGAGGACCUAACGGAUCCUCAGCUGGUGUCGCAGCUCAACACUCCCAGUGUUUUGCAGCAUGGUACAGUCACUGUCCAGGUCUAAAAGUUGUAAGUCCCUGGAACUCAGAAGAUGCAAAAGGUCUUCUAAAAGCAGCCAUCAGAGAUGACAACCCUGUGGUGUUUCUGGAAAACGAGUUGAUGUAUGGUGUUGCCUUCGAAAUGUCAGAGGAGACACAAUCCAAAGACUUUACCAUUCCCAUCGGCAAGGCCAAGAUCGAGAGACAAGGUAAUCACGUCACCUUGGUUUCUCACUCUCGGUACGUUGGCCACUGUCUGGACGCUGCUGCUGUCCUCGCUAAAGAGGGAAUCGAGUGUGAGGUGAUCAACAUGCGAACCAUUCGUCCUAUGGAUGUGGAGACAAUUGAGACCAGUGUGAUGAAGACUAACCAUCUGGUGACGGUGGAAGGGGGCUGGCCUCAGUUUGGUGUUGGGGCAGAGAUCUGUGCCAGGAUCAUGGAAGGUCCUGCUUUCAACUACCUGGACUCUCCAGUCACCAGAGUGACCGGUGUCGACAUCCCCAUGCCCUACGCCAAAAUCCUGGAGGACCACAGUGUGCCACAGAUCAAAGACAUCAUAUUCUCUGUCAAGAAGACCCUCAAUGUCUGAGACACAGUUUGUUUUGCUUCUUCUUCGUCUUUUCUGCCAAAUGAAGUGACGCUGCCCUGUAGACCAAGACAAGACAUUGUUUAUUGGCAAAUGAUAACAGGAACCAGCAGUGUGGGGGGGAAUCACAACCAUCACAGUAUGACCUGACACUUGAAACAAAAGAUCAACAAUUGAACCUUCAAUGCAACAACAACAAAAACCCAGUCAUUCUUUUAACAAACUAAAAUGCUUUUUUUUUUUAUCUUAUCAACAUUGUACAGAUUGUAUUCUGCUAAAUUAAACUGACUGAUCAAAUAACUGCAGGCACUGAAUACAUAUGUGAUGUCCCUAUAACUCUAAGAGUGAACGUUUGCAAAGAUACACUCUCAUUUUCUUGGUUUACAGCAAGUGAAAUAAGAAACCAAGGUCAGAUUUGCUUUUAAAUUCUCAACUUUUAUUUUAUUUAGCAUUUAAAAGAAAAGUGGCGAGUCAAAUUUGGUAAAACAACUGUUGAAAUCUGAUGCACGUCAGAUGAAAACAAAGUCUCGAUUGUGCCUCAAACAGACAAACUGAACCUUUGAGUCUUUUCACAGCGGAUCAAUAAGGGCCACUUGAUGUCUGAUUAUCAAAUUAAACAACUGAACUGAAGAAACCUGUGGUCAUCUCCAAUAAAGACCCUUCAACUUUAAUCUGACGGUCACCUGCUGACGUCAGGAAACUCAAA